AUGAGUACAUCAAAGCGUUUCAAACCCGAUUAUACAUGUCUUGAACGAUUACCUAAUGAACUUUUUGUUGAAAUUUUCGGAUAUUUAACUGGUGUAGAUGCAACCUAUGCUUUUUCACAACUAAAUUAUCGUUUUCAAAAUCUUCUACUUAAUUACGUUAAUACAUUUGAUUUUCAAUCUGUAAGUAAACUUAAAUUUGAUUAUAUUACUAAACAUCAUGAUAUUCAACAAUGGCAAUCAUUGUGUCUUUCAAAUAAUGAUCAAACACCUGGACAAAUUAGACUUUUCUCUCAACUAUAUUCUCCUUUACAAUAUCUUUCACAAUUACAAGUUCUUUCUCUUAUAAACAUAGAAUCUAAACUUAUAGUAGAAUAUUUCUCACCACUUAUAUCAUAUGAUCAACUUAUUUCAUUAACUAUUGGAAAUAUUUGUGGAGAAAAUAUGCAAUCAUUAGAAUUACCAUCAUUAAAACGACUUGUAAUCAAUGCAUGUAAACAUACUGAUUGGAUAAUGAAUUUCCCUCAUCUUGAAAAACUUGAAUUUACAAUAAAAUAUAAUUGUUUUCAUGGUCGUAAUCCAGUAACAUUACCAACAACAUUAACACAACUUAAAAUAUUCUAUAUCGAGGAAAACGAUGGAGAUAAUAUACGAACUUGUCUUCGGCAAUUGUCACAAUUAACUAAACUUAUUUUAUAUGAUAAAGGUAGUCGUAGUCCAUUACCAAAUGGUAAAAUUUGGGAAGAAAUAAUUCAAUCAUGUCUACCAUUUUUAAAAAUAUUUCAAUUUUGUUUUCCUUUUCAAUCCUAUCAUAGUACAUCUAAUGAUAUGAAAGAUGUUAUAGCUUCAUUUUCUACACCAUUCUAUUUAUAUGAAAAAUCUUGGUUUAUUCGUUGUGAUAUUGAUUGUCGAUAUUCAACUGGAGGUACUCUCUAUAGUUUACCAUUUGCUUUUAAAGAAAUGCCAAUUAAUAUCACUUCCUUUGAUACAAGUCUAUCAACUUUAAAUGCGAAUGAUAUUGAUAAGAUAAAAUAUAAUUCGUAUGAAAAAGUUAAAACAUUAUUAUUUAAUGAAAAAUGUCGUAUGCCUGAUCAAGGUUUUCUAUCGACUUAUGUUAAGCAACUGAUUCUUAAAACAGCACUGCCAACAAAUUGGUAUUUUACAUUAACGAAUUUACAUCAUGUUGAAUUUCGAAGAACUUUACAUAUGACAUCAUUAGAUUUUGCACAAUUUCUUCUAAAUUCACCACAACUUCAUUCAUUAAUAUUACCAAUAUCAGUUCUAAUGAAAUUAACAGAUAAAUUUACAAAUAAUACUGUGUGUGAUUUAUUAUCUCGACAAAUUCAAUCGUUAACUAUAUCUCGUUACUUUUCAGAUGAAUAUGAACUUGGUGAUGUAAGCGUACGUCUUCUUACAUCACUUGUUCGUAUUUUUAAUAAAUCAUGUAAACAUUUAUCAUUAGCUAUAUCAGCAAAUCCAAAUACAAUACUUCCAAUUUUACGACGUAUGAAACAAUUACGUAGUUUACAUAUUCGUUAUAAUCCAUGGAGUCGAUCAUCAAUUAAUAAUAAUCCAAUAUCUUGGAUUGAACAUGCACCAACAAUAAUUCAUAAUUCAGAUUUUAUUCAUGUUACUGAUGAUUGUCAUUAUUAUAUAUGGUUUGGAAAUCAACUAUAA